AGAAGAGAGGACAGGAGCGCGUUGGGAGCUGGGACGAAGGGUGUAUUUUCACCCCGGGACCGCUCCCGAGGCCUCGGCUGCGUUUGCAGUCGCAGGCUUAGUGCUCUGUAUCUCCUUACUCAGGGUUUGGAGGCCCAGGCGAGGAGCUUGGGCCCUUUAAGUGCGAGUGCGGACGUGUCCGCGGAGUUGGUAGAGGUAGAGGAGGCGUCUCCACCGCACCGGCGAGACCAAGACCGGGGGUGAGAGGCGGGCUCCCCCCGCGGGGCCCACGGUGGUGCGGGCCGGCCGCCGGCGCCUUCGCCUUCCCAGCGCCCCGCCGACUGCGCCCGGGCCUGCUGCUGGCCGGCGGGCCGGCUGCGAGGCCUCCGCCCGUGGGCGCGGCGAUGGUGGGGUCCGGGGCCGCCGCCGGGUGCGUGCGGCUGCUUCUGGAGCUGCUGCGCUGGGUCGUGGCAGCAGUGCCUGAAGAUAUGAAAGCGGAGUUCAGUGCCAAUGGAUUUUCAGUGGAACUGAUGAUCUGUGCGCUUAGCGUUGGGCUGCUUGUCUUCCUCCUGUUUCUGUGGAGAGCCUUCCGAUCAAUUCAAAGCCGAUUUUAUGUGGGAAGAGAAAGAAAACUUGCUCUAGAACUUUCAGCACUAAUUGAAGAGAAAUGUAAACUACUUGAUAAAGUCAGCCUCGUUCAGAAGGAGUAUGAAGGCUUAGAGUCAUCUUUAAAGGAGGCCAACUUUGACAAGAAGUCAGAAGUACACAGUUUGGAGUUUGUUGAAGGAUCACAAAUAUCAGAGGCAACUUGUGAAAAUCUAGAAAAAUCCAAAUCUGAACUUGAAGAUGAAAUACUCCUUCUAGAGAAGGAGCUAGAAGAAGAGAGAGCUAAACAUUGUGAACAAGAUGAGUUGAUGGCUGAUAUUUCAAAAAGGAUAGAGUCUCUAGAAGAUGAAUCAAAAUCUCUUAAAUCACAAGUGGCUGAAGUGAAAACUACCUUUAAAAUAUUUGAAAUCAAUGAAGAACGACUUAAGGGAGCAAUAAAAGAGGCCUUGAUUGAAAAAUCUGAACUUGAGGAAGGCCAGAAGCAGCUUUUACAGGAAGCUGAAGCAGUGAAAGAACAAACGAAUGAACUCGAUAACCAGAAAGUAACAUUCGAGGAAUCCAAAGUACAGGAAGAGCAAGUUCUCAAUGAAAAAGAAAAUCAGAUCAAGUCACUGAUGGAGAACCUGGUAAAGAUGAAAGUCUGGACUGCUGUCCUCGGAGAAAACGCAGCACGUGAUGGUAAUCUCAGUUUGGAAGUGAAGAAUGACCUAGAAAAUGCUGCGCACUCAGGAAUUCAGCUGAAGGGAGCUUUGGAUGAGUUGAUUAAUGCUAGUAAGUUGAGUGUGUCUUUAAAAGCCUUGGAAGGAGAAAGAAACCAAAUUUACACUCAAUUAUCUGAAGUAGAGAAAAUAAAAAAGAAUCUUACAGAGCGUAUCAGAAGUCUGGAGUCUGAGAAUGCAUCUCUGGAGUCAGAAGGCAUGCAGUUGGAAAACGAGAAGCAGAAGCUUCAGCACAAACUCAAAGUGUUGACUGAACUGUACCAAGAAAACGAAAUGAAGCUUCACAGGAAAUUGACAGUAGAGGAAAAUUACCGAUUAGAGAAAGAGGAAAAACUUUCCAAAGUAGAUGAGAAGAUCAGCCAUGCGAACCAGGAGCUGGAGACCUACAGACAGCGCGCCAAGGAUCUCGAAGAAGAGAUGGAGAAAACAGUCCACUCUCUUCAAGGACAGGUUAUUUCUCAUGAGAAGAAAGCACAUGAUAAUUGGCUGGCAGCUCGAACUUUUGAAAGAAAUCUCAAUGACUUAAGGAAAGAAAAUGCUUUUAAUAGACAAAAAUUAACUGAGACAGAAUUUAAACUUGAACUUUUAGAAAAAGAUCCUUAUGCACUUGAUGUUCCAAAUACAGCAUUUGGCAGAGAGCACUCCCCAUUUGGUCCCUCACCAUUGGGCCGACCUUCAUCUGAAACGAGAGCUUUUCUCUCUCCUCCAACGUUGUUGGAGGGUCCACUCAGACUCUCACCUUCACUUCCUGGGGGAGGAGGAAGAGGCUCACGAGGCCCUGAGAAUUUUCUGGACCAUCAGAUGAAUAUUGAAAGAGGAGAUUCAAACUAUGACAGGGCAUAUGAUGCCCCCAGAGCACCUUCUGACAGCUCCCUGUCACCUCCGUGGGAACACGGCCGAAGGGUGAUGGCCCCUCCACCAGGUCAACCAUAUUCUGAUCCGUCUUUACAAAAGCAAGAUAGAUUUUAUUCUAAUUCUGGUAGACUCUCUGGACCAGCAGAACUCAGAAGUUAUAAUAUGCCUUCUUUGGAUAAAAUGGAUGGGCCAGUACCCUCAAAAAUGGAAUCCAGUAAAAAUGAUACCAAAGAUGAUCCUGGUAACUCAACUGUGCCUGAUUCUUCUCGCCCUGAUGAGUGUGAAGCAGCUGGCCGUGGCUUUGUUCCUCCACCAUUUCUUCCAGUCAGAGCCCCAUUGUUUCCAGUGGAUCCAAGGAGCCAGUUCAUGAGAAGGGCUCCCCCUUUUCCUCCACCUCCUCCAGGGAACAUCUAUGCAGCGCCGCGAGAUUAUUUUCCACCAAGGGACUUCCCUGGCCCACCACCACCUCUAUUCCCAGGGAGAAAUGUGUUCGCACCACCACCACCACCAAGGGGCUUUCCACCUUACCUUCCCCCAAGAGCUGGGUUCUUUCCCCCACCCCCACAUCCUGAAAGUAGGAGUGAGCUCCCGCCAGACUUGAUUCCACCUUCAAAGGAACCUGCAGCUAAACCUCCAGAAACGCCGGAGAUCUGAUGGUGAUAUUGGUCUAAACAGUCAUUUUCUUCUCAUUUUCAGUUUAAGUAACGGCUGUUACUUAUAUGAUUAUAUUUUUGCUCAACUUGGAGCUUAAUGGAAUUAUAAUUCUCAGGAUAGUAUUUUGUAAAUAAAGAUGAUUUAAAUAUGAA